AAAUGGUGUGAAACGAAACGAAACGGAACGGCGACGAAACGGAGAACGCGGCGUGCAACUGUUGGAAGCCAAAGCCAUCGCUUGGUUCUCGUUUUGGUCCCGGGCACUGGCACUGGUCCUCCUAAUCGAUCUCCAUCUCCGCCCGGCCACCACUUCCAUUGGCAGUUCCGGGCACCACUUCCACAGCAGCCACAUUCGCAUCCACCUCCCCCGCAUCCACUCCCCCGCCAGCCAGCCAACAACAACAACAACAACAGCAGCAGCAGGAUAAGCUUAGCUUGCAACAUAAAAAAAAAAACCGCAGCGAUUCCCCCGCGAAAUGGGCACCAUCUCAUCCGUGCUGCAGUGGUCGUGCACCAAGUGCAACACGAUCAAUCCCACGGAAUCUCUAAAGUGCUUCAAUUGCGGCACCGUUCGCAAGGUGUUCCCCCAACAACAACAACAACAUCAGCAGCAGCAGCGAAGGGUCACCGCCUCCUGGACAGCUGAUGAUGCACUGGAGCACGAGCAGGCGGAGAAGGAGAAGGAGCAGUCGGACAAGGACAGGGACAGGGAGAAGGAGAAGGGCAGGGCGGCGGUUGCCAGGAGCGAGUACAAGCAUGUGUACAAGUCCCUGCUGCGCGGAUGCUUGAAGAGACCGCAGCGGAACAGCCAAAACCUGCCCGCCAAUUGUGUCGACUGCGAGGACACGCGCAAGUACAUCAAGAGCUCCAUCGAGCUGUACCGCCACUUCUCGAAUCCGGCCCUCAACCGGCGGUGGGUGUGCCACGCCUGCGGCACGGACAACAGCUCGGUCACCUGGCACUGCCUCAUCUGCGACACGGUCAGCUAUCUGGCGCCCAUCUACAAGGACGCCAUUGCCGCCGACCGCGGCAGGAGCCAGGAGCUGGCCGGCAGCCUGGGCAAUCGCGGCGAGCUGCUGGCUGCGGACCAUCCGCAUCCACAUCACCAUCAUCACUACCUCCAUCAGGAGCUGGAGGAGCAGCACCAUCAGCAUCAGUUACAUUCCCAGCACUCGCACAAGAGGCACCUCAAAGGUAGAUCUGGAUCGGGAUCGGCAUCUGGUUCGGGAUCUGGCUCGGGACUGCGGCGCACUCAGAGCCUGAGCACCGCCAUUGACAAGAGCGCCUCCGGACGCAGCUGUCACAUCUGCUAUGCGAACAACCAGAGCAAGGACAUAUUCAAUCUGCCGCAGGUCAAGCCGGCGCCUCAGCUGACAGGGAUUCCCCCCAUUGCCGCCUGCAGCAACUCCCGUUUCGCCAUCGCCAACGACACGUUUUGCCGGCGCAAGCAGAACAACAAUAACAAGAACCAGAACCACAAGGUGGUGCGCGAGAGCGGGGCCAAGCGGAAGUACAACUUCACCAUCACCACGCUCUCGCGGUCGGCCACCAAGGACGCUGGCCAAGGACAGAUGAAGCCCCUGCGUCAGCCCCUUAAUCUGAACCUGAAUCAGAAUCUGAAUAUCCAGCAGGAGCAGCAGCAGCAGAAGUCGCCGGCGAAUCCACAGCAGCAGCUGCAGAGGAAGAACCAGCGGGAGCCAGCAGCAGUGAGUAUGAAUCCAACGCAGUUCACCAUUCCGCGGAACGGCGUCUUCAUAGCCGUCAACGAGUGGUCGGAGCCAAUGGCCAACAGCUCCUCCGGCUCCUCCAGCUCCAGUCAUCACCAUCAUCAUCAUCAUCAUCACCAUCAUCACAGCAGCAGCAGCAACAGCAACAGCCACAGCAACAGCAUAAACAACAACAGCAGCAGCUCCGGGAGCAGCAACAAGUUGUAUGAGAACGAGUGCGUGGCCCUGGCCCAGCAGCAACUAAGAGCAGCUGCUGCCCAGGCGGCACAGGCGGCCGCCACGGCAGUGGCCAUUGUGGGCUCGCCCUCUGCCUGUGGGAAGGCAUCGUCGUUGGAGCCAACACAACCACCAUUGGCCACCAUGCCCAUCUAUGCGCAGGUGAACAAGCAGCACAAGCUCAAGAAGAAGCAACAGAUUGCCAACGCAAUUGAAACGCAUGCGAACAACAAUGGCAGUGGGGAGGUCAGCGGUCAGGAUGCGGUCAGCGAAUCCCUCACAGGACUGGGCACCAGCACCAGCACCGAUGGCAGCGGCGAGGCCAGCGACUCCGAGUCUCAGGUGGAGGAGCACUCCAUCUACGCCAAGGUGUGGAAGGGACCGCGCAAGACGACCGAAUCGAAAAUUACGCAUGAUCCAGGGAGCAGCAGCAGCCGCCUGAUAAUAGCCACAUCCGCAAUAGCGGCAACAGCAUCCUCUGGAGCGGCGAUAGUUGCAGCAGCAGGAGCCGUGGCUGCCACGCGCCACGACAAUAAAGCACAGCUGGGCAACAACAACGGCAGCCGCAGCAAGAUGUGGACAUGCAUCAAAUGUUCCUAUGCCUACAAUCGACUUUGGCUGCAGACCUGCGAGAUGUGUGAGGCCAAGCUGGAGCAGCAGCAGCUCCAGCAGCAGAUCCAGCAGCAACUCCAGCAGCAGCUGCAACAGCAGGCAGUUGUGUCCUCCUUGGGUCAGGAAAAAGAAACCCCCCGCGACGAGCCCUGGACCUGCAAGAAGUGCACCCUGGUCAACUACUCGACGGCCAUGGCGUGUGUGGUCUGCGGCGGUUCCAAGCUGAAGAGCAUCUCCUCAAUCGAGGACAUGACGCUGCGGAAGGGCGAGUUCUGGACCUGUGACCACUGUACGCUGAAGAACUCGCUUCACUCGCCGGUGUGCAGUGCCUGCAAAUCGCACCGCCAGCCGCAGCUCUCGAUGGCCAUGGAGGCGGUGCGUGAGCGACCGGAUGGCCAGUCAUAUGAGGAACAGGAUGCAGCAGCCGUUGCGGGAGGAGGUGCAGGCGGAAGCGGCGGUGGCAGUGGAGCCACUGGCCAUCAGUCGAGCGGCAGCGAGGUCAUCAAAGCACCCACAGCUUUAAAUCUUCCGCUGGCUUCGGUGGCGUUGCCCAUGCCGCUGCUGCAGAUUCCAACCACAUCGGCGGCUGGGUUGCGUGGCUCACGCAGUCCCUCACCCAGGAUGCAGCCACUGCCAUCGCUCCAGCAGCCGCAGCAGAGGAGUUCCAGCUCUUCAGGCGCAAUACCUAAACGCCACAGCACCGGCGGCUCCAUUGUGCCCAGGAACAUUUCCAUCGCCGGCCUGGCUGGCUACAACCUACAGCAGGGCCAGGGUGUGGGCUCCGCAUCGGUGGUGUCGGCAUCGGGAGCCGCUGCCGCAGCCGCAGCCGGAGCCGUAACCAAUUCCAGCUCAAAGAAGUGGCAGUGUCCGGCAUGCACGUACGACAACUGUGCCGCUUCCGUCGUCUGCGAAAUCUGCUCGAGCCCGCGAGGCCUGGCGAGCGCUGUGCUGGGCGAGGCUCUGGCCAGGAAAUCGAUUCGAGUGGCCCUCACCCCGGCGGACAUUCGGCAGGAGAGCAAGCUAAUGGAGAACCUGCGCCAGCUGGAAGAGACCGAGGCGCUAACCAAGUGGCAGAACAUCAUCCAGUACUGCCGUGACAACAGCGAACUCUUCGUGGACGAUUCGUUUCCGCCGGCGCCGAAGAGCUUGUACUACAAUCCGGCGAGCGGAGCGGGCGACGGCAAUCCAGUGGUGCAAUGGCGUCGACCGCACGAGAUCAACUGCGACGGCGGGGCGUAUCCGCCGUGGGCUGUGUUUCGCACCCCGCUACCCUCGGACAUUUGCCAGGGCGUCUUGGGCAACUGCUGGCUGCUCAGCGCUCUGGCAGUGCUGGCAGAGCGCGAGGAUCUGGUCAAGGAGGUGCUGGUCACGAAGGAGAUAUGCGGCCAGGGGGCAUACCAGGUGCGCCUCUGCAAGGAUGGCAAGUGGACGACGGUGCUGGUGGAUGAUCUGCUGCCCUGCGACAAGCGUGGCCAUCUGGUCUACUCGCAGGCCAAGCGCAAGCAGCUUUGGGUGCCGCUUAUCGAGAAGGCGGUGGCCAAGAUCCACGGCUGCUACGAGGCGCUGGUCUCCGGCCGGGCCAUCGAGGGACUGGCCACGCUGACGGGAGCGCCCUGCGAGAGCAUACCGCUACAGGCGAGCAGCCUGCCCAUGCCCAGCGAGGAUGAGCUGGACAAGGACCUGAUAUGGGCCCAGCUGCUGAGCUCGCGCUGCGUUCGAUUCCUCAUGGGCGCCAGCUGUGGCGGUGGCAACAUGAAGGUGGACGAGGAGGAGUAUCAGCAGAAGGGGCUGCGCCCACGGCACGCCUACUCGGUGCUGGACGUGAAGGACAUCCAGGGACAUCGGCUGCUCAAGCUGCGCAAUCCAUGGGGUCACUACUCGUGGCGUGGCGAUUGGUCGGAUGACUCCUCCCUGUGGACGGACGAUCUGCGGGACGCUCUGAUGCCACACGGCGCCAGCGAGGGCGUCUUCUGGAUCUCGUUCGAGGAUGUGCUCAACUACUUCGACUGCAUCGACAUCUGCAAGGUGCGCUCCGGCUGGAACGAGGUGCGGUUGCAGGGCACCCUGCAGCCCCUGUGCUCCAUCUCCUGUGUGCUGCUCACCGUUCUGGAGCCGACGGAGGCGGAGUUCACACUCUUCCAGGAGGGACAGCGCAACUCGGAAAAAUCGCAGCGCUCGCAGCUGGACCUGUGCGUUGUGAUAUUCCGCACCCGCUCACCGGCGGCGCCGGAAAUUGGUCGUUUGGUGGAGCACAGCAAGCGGCAGGUGCGCGGAUUCGUGGGCUGCCACAAGAUGCUGGAGCGGGAUAUUUACCUGCUCGUCUGCCUGGCCUUCAAUCACUGGCACACGGGCAUCGAGGAUCCGCACCAGUAUCCGCAAUGCAUCCUGGCGAUACACAGCUCUAAGCGACUGCUGGUGGAGCAGAUAAGUCCCUCGCCGCACCUCCUGGCCGACGCCAUCAUCAGCCUGACCCUAACUAAGGGGCAGCGGCACGAGGGGCGCGAGGGCAUGACCGCCUACUAUCUGACCAAGGGCUGGGCGGGUCUGGUUGUGAUGGUGGAGAACCGGCACGAGAACAAGUGGAUCCAUGUGAAGUGCGACUGCCAGGAGAGCUACAAUGUGGUGUCCACGCGGGGCGAGCUCAAGACGGUGGACUCGGUGCCGCCGCUGCAGAGACAAGUUAUCAUCGUGCUCACCCAGCUGGAGGGCAGUGGUGGCUUCAGCAUCGCCCACCGGCUGACCCAUCGGCUGGCCAACUCGCGCGGCCUCCACGACUGGGGGCCGCCAGGAGCCACCCACUGCCCGCCCAUCGAGAACGUGCAUGGACUGCACGCGCCACGGCUGAUCACCUAGGAUGGGACUGGGACUGGGAUCGAAUGGGAGGAUGGCGGGAGAUCUCGCGAUCCCGUAUCCUGCAUCCAGUAUCCUGAUGUGCUUGCCUCUCCGCUCAUUUCUAUCCGUACUCUAGUCGAUGUUUUGCAAACGUAUCACAUCACAGCGAAGAAAACCAAAAGCUAAGACCAACCAUCAAUCGAAUCGAACCAUAUGUAUGUGUGUAUAGAUCCGUGCAGAUAUAAUAUAUGUGUUUAUGUACUAAGGCGCAUUCGGAGCGGCGGAGCAGAUUGGUUGGGAUACGGCAGAGUCCGGAAGCCGGAAUGCGGAGUCCGGGGACCUCGGCACAAUUCCCUCGAGAUCAAAUGAUAUAUGUUUUGAUUUGAGCGCCGAUGAUUAUGGAUUAUAUAGAUAUGUAUUGUAAAUUUAAGUGCAUCCAAUAUUAAUAUGUGUAUUGUUUUAAAAAUAAAGACUACAAGUUAUGAAAGCCGA